AUGAUGCCCUACAAACUGCCUAUCAUUUUCUGCCUCUGCGGUUGUUUGGUACAGAUUCAUCCCUUUGAAUGGCAAGACCUAGAUCCAAUGAAGCAUAUAGAGUCAACAGGGUGGUAUCAUAAAAUACAAAACCUAAUGAGUGCUGUGUUCGGCAACAAAUAUCAGAUCCCUAAAGGAAAAGGGUCUUACUCCGUGGGAUGCACAGACUUGAUGUUUGAUUUCACUGUUAAGGGCAGCUUACUGCGUCUCUAUUAUCCUUCCAAAGAUGAUGAACCUGAAAGCACUCUAUGGAUCCCCGAUAAAGAAUAUUUUAUGGGUCUUACUAAUUUUCUUGGAAUGCACAGGAUCAUGGGCAAAUUCCUCGCCUUAUACUAUGGUUCGGUGACAACUCCUGCAAGUUGGAAUGCCCCUUUGAAGAUUGGUGAAAAAUACCCGUUGGUUAUUUUUUCUCAUGGACUUGGAGCAUUCAGGACAAUUUACUCUGCUAUUGCGGUUGAACUGGCAUCUCAUGGGUUUAUAGUUGCUGCUGUUGAACACAGAGAUCAAUCGGCAUCAGCAACUUUUUACUUUAAAGAUGAAUUUGCUGUCAAAGCAGAUAAUAAGUCCUGGCUUCCCUAUAAGCGCCUUGGUUCACAGAACGUGGAAUACCUUCUACGCAAUGAACAGGUACUUCAAAGAGCAGAAGAAUGCUCUAAAGCUCUUAAUUUGAUCCUUGAUAUUAAUGGUGGAAAAACAGUGGAGAAUGUCUUGGAUUCCACAUUUGACUUGAACCAACUAAAGGAUACAAUUGAUAAAAAUAAAAUAGCAGUAAUGGGACAUUCCUUUGGUGGAGCCACAGUUAUUCAGUCUCUUAGUGAAGACGACAGAUUCCGAUGUGGCAUUGCCCUGGAUGCAUGGAUGAUUCCCUUAAGUGAAGAGUUGUACUGUAGAGUUCCCCAGCCGCUCUUCUUUAUCAACUCUGAAAGAUUCCAGACUGCAGAAAAUAUCCUGAGAAUGAAAAAAUUCUACUUACCUGAUAAAGAAAGGAAAAUGAUCACAAUCAAGGGAUCAGUCCAUCAGAACUUUCCUGAUUUUACUUUUGUGACUGGUAGGAUACUUGCGUACAUGUUCUCAUUAAGAGGAGAUAUUGAUUCGAAUUUAGUCAUUGAUCUGAGCAACAAAGCUUCAUUGGCUUUCUUGCAAAAGCAUUUAGGUCUUCAGAGAAAUUUUAAUCAAUGGGACCCUUUAAUUGAAGGUGAAGAUAUAAACCUCAUUCGAGAUAGCAAUGCUGCCUCAAUUACUAAUGACCAUCUGACACUUAACAGCCCAGAGGAGGAAUAUGAAAAAAUAGGGAGAAAGGCAGCUAGAUAGAGUAUGCAGCCAAAAAAAAAAAUAAAAAAAUAAAAAAAUAAAGCACAUUCCAUUUUCUGAGCAAAGGGUUCCAUAAUGGAAAAAGACUUAACAAGGAAAUGUCUUUCAGGAUGAUUGUAUAUAUUCAAGAAUUCUAAGAAAAUAAAGUUUUCCUGGUUUUCUUUUCAAACUUAAAAUUAAAAGAUUAUAUGUAAAAAUUACACAAAUACAUUAUACACUAGAUUCCAGAUCCUUACCAGAAGAUUGCUCUUUUGGGAUAUUAACCAAAUAGCUUCACUUUCACACCAGUAUUUCUUAAGGAUAUUCUCAUCCCAAUUAGAUAGAAAAAAUCUAAUAAGACUGAAGGAGAUGAGGAAUGUAGGAAAAGAAAAAUAAAUACAUAGGAUCAUCAAAACAGAAGGAAUCUUGGACAUCUUGUAGUCCAACCUGCUCUUUUUAAAAGGUAAUCCAACCUUUAAAAGGUCCAGGAAACAAAGAUAGCCAUUGGUUGGGAAUGGCUUAAACAGGAAUGAAUUGGAAUAUGAAUUAUGAAAGCAAUGAAUGGUGACUACAGAGAAGCAUGAGAAAAGACAUAAAUGAACUGAUGCAAACAUGAGGAAUCAGAAAAACACAUAUGACAACUAUAAAAAUGAAAAAAACAACAGCAAAAGUGAUAUGAAAUUUAAAUCUCCAAGAUUGGCCCCCUACAAUAAUAUGAGAAGCCACCUUCCCCUCUGACACCUUGGAGAGUACAGGUUUGGCACAUAGAAGCCAACUUGCAGUGUAUUGCUCAACUUUCUUUACUUUCUUUUUUUUUUAAAGGGGGGAUACAUGGAGAAAUGUAGGUGAUGUAAAAACAAAAAAUAUCAAUAAAAAUCCAUUUUUUCAAAAUGAGGGACAGGCAUGAGUGACUUUGUCCAAGCUUUACAUGACCAGGAUGUUCUGAUUGCCAACUCUGGAGCUCCUUACAACCCUGCUGCAUUUCACUGCACCCAAGAAGUCACAAAGGUUGGAUUUUCCAUGUGUUU